GGAGGGAGCCGACGGAAUGAGACAGCAGCAGCCAAAGUGACGCAGUCAGUCAGGAAUGAGGAGCAGGGCUCCGGAGGACGCAGCCGACGGAAUGAGACACGGCCACUGUGCUGCUGGUAAGCCUGAAGGAAGCAGCCAUCACCUCUAGUGGCACAACGUCAACCAGUCGUCCCCUCUAUGAACACAUGGCUCCUCCGUUUCCCUGAUGGCCGGUCACCUGCUCAAAGUCUCCUCCUUGGCCACGGCGGUGUUUGCCACCUCUGGCUUUUACCUGUACAGCCGCCCGCUGAGCCUCAAUGACCUGAGCGUCGUGCGCUUUGGACGAGCUGCCACCACCACGGUGCUCAUCAGUGUCGACUAUAUCACUGCUUUCAAACAUGUGGAAUACGACACAGAGGAGUAUUGGGCACUCAAAUCCAAGGUGCACCUGCGAUCCGCGGAGCGUCUUCGAGAUUUGUGCUGUGCCAACCGGGGUACUUUCAUAAAGGUGGGCCAGCACCUCGGUGCUCUGGACUACCUGCUGCCUGAGGAGUACACAUCCACGCUGAAGGUGCUCCACAGCCAAGCUCCUCAAAGCAGUAUGGAGGAGAUCCAGCAGGUCAUCAGAGAAGACCUCGGCAAGGAGCUGUCGGAGUUAUUUGUUUCCUUUGAGGUGAAGCCUCAGGGUGCAGCUUCUUUAGCCCAAGUCCACAAGGCAGUCCUGCAUGAUGGGAGGACUGUGGCCAUCAAGGUACAACACCCCAAAGUCCAGAAGCAGAGCUCCAGGGACAUCGUGAUCAUGGAGGUGAUGUUGAAGGCAGUCCAUUGGCUCUUCCCAAAUUUUGCCUUCAUGUGGUUGGUGGAGGAGGCCAAGAAGAACUUGCCACUAGAGCUGGACUUCCUAAACGAGGGCCACAACGCUGAGAAGGUGGCCAACAUGCUGGCCCACUUCUCUUUUCUCAAGGUUCCCUUGAUCCAUUGGGAUUUGUCCACAAAGAGAAUCCUGACCAUGGAGUUUGUUGAGGGGGGGCACAUCAAUGACAGGGACUACAUGAAGAAACACGGCAUCAAUGUUAACCAGAUCUCUGAGAAUCUGGGUAAGAUGUACAGCGAAAUGAUCUUCGUCCAUGGCUUUGUUCACUGUGACCCGCAUCCAGGCAAUGUGUUGGUGCGAAAGUGUCCCCGCAGCGGGAAGACUCAGAUUGCCCUGCUGGAUCACGGCCUUUAUCAGGUCCUUCAGCCGGCCUUCAGGUUGGACUAUUGUCGGCUUUGGCAGGCUCUGAUAAAAGGUGACAUGUCUGGGGUGGAACGCUACAGCCUGAGACUGGGAGCUGGAGACCUGUACGCCCUGUUUGCCUGCGUGGUCACCUCUCGCUCCUGGACCGCCGUCAAUGCCGGCAUCAGUUCUGUUCCUGUCACGCGCUCUGAGGACGUUGAGAUUCGGAACAACGCAUCUCAAUACCUGCCCCAGAUCAGCGAGCUGUUAAAUCGAGUUCCCCGGCAGAUGUUGCUGUUGCUGAAGACCAAUGACCUGCUCAGGGGCAUUGAGACCACCUUACAGACCAGAGCCUCCUCCUCGUCCUUCAUCAACAUGUCCCGCUGCUGCGUGCGCGCCAUGGCCAGACACAGGAGGAGCAAGGCUCGGUCCUGGAGGAGGCGUAUCCAGAUCACCCUGGCCGAGUGCGUCGACCUGUGGACGCUCACCAUGUAUGAAGUGUUUCUGCGGCUGAGCGGCUCGCCGUUGGGACACUGGCUCACUGCUCUGCUGCCAUUUCUGCACUGAGACAUACCUGGACAAUGGGACAGUUAACAUCUGCUCAUAUACAUUGUACAUAGACCCCUGAAUUCCACUUAUCUUAAUGAUACGCUUUGUUACUGUAACGUACACAAGGACACCACUUAUUAAUGUCUCAACACCAGGAAGCAACGAUAUUUCUCAUCAACUUGAAACGUACUUGAUCUGCCAUCAUACAGGGUUCCUGUUCUCACACUGCAGGGACACGCUUUGUUCCUAACACGUACAUUGUAGUUUUCAAUGACAUGUUAAAGUGUAUAUCAUCUGCACAUGUGGAAGUGGUUGAAUGUUUCCUCAUUUCUGAUAAAUUAAAAGAAGUCAUAUGAGAAUUCAAGUGGA